GGCGACUAGAUUGCAGUACUGCAAACAAAUACACUGAGCACCCCACUGCGGCUAACGGCGCGCUGCGAAGGAUGCCUUCGCCUUGCCUAAACGUGCGUGGACACGGCAUCAACAGCCCGGGUAAGUAGUAAUACAAGGGUAUGGUCAUGUUGGGAACGAUUCCACGUGUCAGUCCCUGUCUAUCUUUAAAAUUCCCGGUUCAAUAUAAGAGUUCGUUUCUCUCAUGUUUAAGUAAUCGCCAGCUACAUCAGUGAUCUAGCAUCAUGAAGCUUUCCAACGUCCUGUUAGUGGGUUUAGCCAGUAGCGCCAGCGCAAAGAACAAAGACAGGCCCAACGAAGUAGACACCCUGGCUGCCGAAGGUCUGCACCGAAUGCAGGCCUAUUACUCAGAAAUCCCACUACCAAGCCCAGGAACAUGCACACUGAAUAACGUAGCCGUUCGUCGAGACUGGUCAGUCCUAAGCAAACAAGAAAGACGCAGCUAUAUCAAAGCCGUGAAAUGCCUCGCAAAACUGCCAGCAAAAACACCCGCGGCUAUCGCCUCAGGAGCAAAGAGCCGAUACGAUGACCUAGUCGUAACGCAUAUACAACAAGCGUUUACGAUCCACGGAACAGCCAAUUUCUUAACAUGGCACCGCUAUUACACUUGGGCUUUUGAGCAGAUGCUGAGGAACGAAUGUGGAUAUAAAGGAUACCAGCCUUAUUACAACUGGGGUCAUUGGGCAGACAACCCGAAAGCCUCACCCUUCUUCGACGGUAGCGACACCAGCAUGUCAGGAGACGGAGCAUAUAUCGCCAAUAGAUCCUCCGUCUGCUUCCCAUCAACCGAAAUGUGCUACAUCCAGCUUCAACCAGGAAGUGGAGGUGGUUGCGUAACGUCUGGGCCAUUCAAAGACUGGAAGAUCAACCUCGGCCCCCUCGCAGCCAUCUCCCUCCCUACACCACCGCCAAACCCGCAACCCGACGGUCUAGGCUACAAUCCGCGCUGCCUCUCCCGCGACAUUUCUCUGCAGUCCGCCGCCGAGACACGGGACGAUGUAGUCGCCGCCCUCAUCAAAUACAACACCACCAUCUCGUCCUUCCAAACCGUGCUCGGCGGCGAAUUUGCCCAAGGCAAAAUGGGUCCCCACGUCGGUGGCCACAACACCAUCGGCGGCGACGCAGGCUCUGAUUUCAUCAAUUCGCCCGCGGACCCUGCAUUCUUUGCGCAUCAUGCCAUGGUGGAUAGGGUGUAUUGGACGUGGCAGAAUUUGGAUCUGGAGGGGAGGAAGGAGGCGAUCGCGGGUGGGACGAGUGGAGUGGGGGAUGGAGGGGCGAGGGGGACGCUGGAGGAUAUUAUUACUCUGGGGGAGUAUGUUGGAGUGGGGAAUGUGACGAUUAGGGAGGCGAUGAGUACGGUGGGUGGGCCCUUUUGCUAUGUUUAUGCGUAGGGGUUGGGUAGUACGCUGCUAGGGCUUUGCUAUGGGACUUUGGGGGAUAUGGCCAACGUCUUGCGACGAGACGAAAGAAAUUACAAGACCCGACAUCUAUACCCCCCUGAUAUCACUCUCGGUACGACCUUUCAGGACAUGCCUCUCGGAACCAACCAUCUUCAAUCUCAACGCCCCACCACCUGACGUCUCACCACCCCCCAUCCCACGGAAUCAUAACCUCCCCCGCCCUCCCCGCCUCAAC